AUUUUUACGAGAAUGAAACGAGGUAAGGAUUAAACUGCUCCCGGCAGUGGCUCAAUUUUUGAGCCCCUGGAUAAAUAAUAAUUUCCGUCGGGGUUGUUUUUCCUGAAUAACUCUUUCACGCUGCCCAGUGUUGCUUAAAAUUUAACUUUCCGACAUUUGUCAUGUUUUGUUUGUCUGGUGUUUUGGUUUCCCUGUUGGCGCAUUUAUUCCCCAGAAAGCCAAAGGAUGUGAUAACCAAACAGCAAUGGGGGAAGAAAGAGCAAGAAAGCAACGGACAAAACAAGACAUCGGUAACUGGGUACACAAGGAAAAAGCUUAAAAACAAUUAAAUUAAAAUGUUGAAUGCACCACGCUGUUAUAAAAACAGCUGUAUUAUUCUGAAUGAAUUCAUUCAUCCUACGGAUUAAAUGUAUGUUGUCGAACACUUCUUAACACCUUUGGAAAUGAUUUUCAGAUCCUGUGCCUUUGUAUCUGUGUGAUUUUCGGUUUGCCCGAUUGUGUGCGUGUGGGAUAACAGAUAUGUUUGCUGUUUAGGCAAAUGAUUUUUCGCUUCGGGUCUGUUUGCCAAUGGAGCGGAAAAUGCAAGCCGAAACGCAGCUGUGGCAAAAUUGUUGGCAUUUAAAUGGGUCACAAGGUCGAAGGCAGGAUAAAAGGAGCACUGCUCAAAGCCAAACAAUAACAAAGGCCAAAUAAAAUGAGUUGCCCAGCACUAAUGCAAAACGGAAUUCAGGGAAAUAGUACAAUAGGCGAGGAGGAAAACUCCGCCAUCGUGGAAAACGAAAUUGCACACAAAUGCAGUCAAAGCACCGCAGAAACUUCAAUGCACAAUAAAUGCGAAAGGAAGAACCAAAUGCAAAUAUCAACAAACUAUAAUGCAGAAAAGGAAUGUUCUCAGCAAAACCAAUGUGAAGCGCCAAGAGUGACAGGCAAAUUGAACAAAAGGCACAGCUAUGCAAAGGAAAAUCUCAGACAUCAAAAGGAGGUACGAAGGAAUACAUCAAUCCUCAAUCAUCAAGAAAUAAAUAUUUUUGACUUCCGAGUCAUUUCAAUGCUAUGAAUGAAACGCAACCAGUGAUGCCUGAAACUUACUCAAUUUCAUAUGUAAAUACGUGCAAAGAAGAUACUCCUGCAAAAACCUGCCACAGAUUUACAAAUUCAACUUUCAGCUGCUAGCUAAAAU